CUGUGGUAUCAUUCACUAGCAUAAAAUUUGUUGUAGGAGUGCGCGGUUUAAAGACAAAACGUUGCAUUUUAACGAAUUUAAUUGUAACAUAUUUAAUAUUUUUUAUAAUAAAAUGUACAAUAAUCUAUAGUAUCUAUAAUAUUCAUGAAAUUUCUGUAUAAAUAAUAAGUAUUGUCGUGCCGUUACGGAACGUUAGUGACAAAGUUGAAAAUCAGUGAGGUUAUAAAUUGCAAACAUUUUAUGAAAUAAAUGGAUUCAGCGCCAGCACAAGAGGUAACGGAGCUGCUGAGACAAUGGGAGGAGCAACACAAUACACCAAACUUCGACCCGAUACCAACUUUGACGAGGAUAGCAGAGAUAAUAGAGGCGGAGACAGAGAACUUUAUGAAGAAAGAUCCGGAUCCAUUCGAUGAGAGGCACCCGUCACGUACUGAUCCAGAAUGCGCGCUCGGACACGCCCUCAAAGUCAUGUUCAAGAAGGACAACUUUAUGACAAAGCUGGUAAACGACUAUGUACGUGACACGUACUAUUCGCGUCAGAACAUCACCGGCCGCGACGUCCACAAGCUGAACGUGGCCGCCUGCAGACUGACGCUCGACCUCAUGCCUGGACUCGAGAUGAGCGUCGUCUUCCAGGACAACGAGGCUCUGAUCCACCGUCUAGUGAACUGGGCGACUAACUCAGUGGAGCCGCUACAAUGCUACGCCACCGGUCUGCUCGCCGCCGCCAUGGAGGUGCAGGAGAUUGCUACAAAUUUUAGGGAUUUAAACGCUAUGCUAGUACCGCUAAUGCUAAGGAGGCUACACGCUUUAAGAGAGGAUAAACAGAACAACCCGAACACAGUGACGCCACCGAAUCAGACGCGACACUUCGCCCGCUUCGACAAGAAGCGAAACAGUGACAUCAAGUGCAACGGACCUAGUAAAGAUAAGAAAGAUCGUGCCAAAGACGAGGGCGGUGGAGGAGACAUGUUAGUUGAUGAAACUCCCCCGCAGGCCAGCAGAGACCCCGAGACCCCAGUCAAGAAUUAUAGUAGUAGUCCAGCGAACGCAUGUUCUCCCCCCUCUCAGUGGGGGAUGAUGUCUCCCCCACCUCGGCCGCCCCCCCUACACCAACAUGAAACCUCCUCCAAUUCCAGCUGGGCGGAAAUGGAGACAUAUGUUAUAGGUAAUAUACAAAUUCACCCUCCGACGGACGCCACCAAACAGAUGCUCAUACUACGGUAUCUCACACCCAUGGGAGAGUAUCAAGAGUUCCUAUCGCACGUGUUCGAGCAGAACGCCCUAGGUUUGAUUCUCGGCUACUUGAACGUGCGCGAGUCCAGAGACUCUCGGCUCGCGUUCGAAGCGCUCAAGUACCUCGCCGCUCUACUCUGCCAUAAGAAGUUUUCUAUCGAUUUUAUUAAUAUGGGCGGGUUGCAGAAAUUCCUGGAAGUGCCUAGACCGUCGGUGGCCGCGACGGGUGUGUCCAUCUGCCUGUACUACCUCGCCUACUGCGAGGACGCCAUGGAACGAGUCUGUCUACUGCCCAGGAAGACUCUAGCUGAUCUCGUUAGGUACGCGCUAUGGUUGCUGGAAUGCUCGCACGACUCGGGCCGCUGUCACGCCACAAUGUUCUUCGGUCUUUCCUUCCAGUUCCGCGUCAUCCUUGAGGAGUUCGAUCAUCAGGAUGGUCUCCGCAAACUUUACAACGUGAUAUCAACCCUGCCUAUACUGAGCGCGGACGAGGACGAGUCGCGAGUGUCCGAGGAUGAGACCUGCGCCGCGCGACAAAUCGUACGACACGUCUGUGUCGCAUUAAGAAGGUACUUAGAAGCUCACCUGCGCCUUAGAGCUGCGCAGGUCGCGAGGCAACAUGGCGACAAUGUUCCCGAACCACCUCCUUACAAGGCAUCCAAGUCGUCUCCGGAAGAGAUUCAAGAGCAGAUAGAGUUGCUACAAAGCGUGGCGUGGUCUCGAUGGUCAGCUGUGGACGAGCUACUGGAGCUGGGCGGAGUAUCGUUACUGCUACAGGUCGUGGGAUACGCUUACGAAUGGAAUUUUAACGGCAGGUCGGAGACAGUCAGGUCGGCGCUGGACGUGAUCUCGGUCUGCUGCGUGGCGCCCCGGGUCCAACUCUUGUUGACUGAGAAGAUAGACAUGAGAGACGCCGAGAUGACCACUGGAGUCAACAUAGUACUUGGCGCGGCGGACGGCGAGAUAGUUCCAGAGCCCGACGUACAGAAGGCAGCACUCAACGUACUCGUCAACUGCGUCUGCGCACCUGUCCAUAGAGCGGGCACAUCGACGACUAGGUUUUCAAUAACCGGUUCUACUAAGAAGAAGACCGCACUCAAGUCGUACGAGGACCUCAUACAGAAGGUCUGGGAGAGUGUGCGAACUAAUAAUGGAAUUAUGGUCCUCCUCUCACUAAUGAUGGUGAAGUCCCCAAUAACGGACGCGGACAGACUGCGCGGCCUGGCGUGUCGAGCCCUGGCCGGACUAGCGCGCUGCCCCACUGUCAGACAGAUCAUAUCCAAACUGCCGCUCUUCACUACAUCACAGAUACAAGUGUUAAUGCGCGAUCCGAUAUUACAAGAGAAGCGACAGGAACACGUGAUGUUCCAGAAGUAUGCACUCGAACUCCUCGAGCGCGUCUCUGGGAAGAGCAAGCAUAUGGGCGCCGAGUUCGAAACGUCACUAGCUAAUAUACAUCGGGCGAACGUAGUAGCUCAGACGCGUAUAAAUUACAACGAGCGCCAGUUACUACAACUAGUGGCGGCUCACUUAGCGGAGCGCGGUCUGUCGGCCAGCGCGGCCACUCUACAGAGGGAGGCGAGGCUGCCCCCGCCUCCGGCGCCGCCGCCCCCCGUCUACACGCCGUCUACUCCUACUAGGCCUCGACUGUCCGUGUCCCGCGCCAGCAGCAGUGGCUCCCUGCACCGCGACAGCCUGGACCUCAACUCCUCGCACGCCAUGCACGUGGACGACGCCAGUCCACUGCCGCCCGUCAUCAAACUGAGGAAAGUACAAAAUCCGCCUUUGAACACAGUUUCGACGCCAACUUCGGAGCACAAGAGGUCCCUGCAGAAGCAGCUGAGCGUGGCGCCCGGGGAGCCGGCCCCCAGCCAACAUCGCGUCACUCUACACACAAUUAUCACGGAAUACCUUUAUAAUCAACAUUCGCUUUGCAAGAACCCAGUCGCUACUUGUCCACAAUUCAAUUUGUUUGAGCCGCACAAAUGUCCGGAGCCCCGCGGCGGCGGCGGGCUGCUGGGCGGUGGUGCCGAGCACUCGCUACUAGCUCGCGUGGCUCGCCGCGAGCUCGGGCUGGGCGGGGCUCGCCGCGCGCACGCUCGCCUCGUACACGCGCACUUCGCUCCUGUGCGUACGUUACGCCUUCAAGAUGACGACGCGUACUUUACGCAUACGCUAUUCCAUCCGACGCAACAACAGUUGUUGGCGGCGACGUCGUCAGGCGACAUCCGAGUGUUCAACCUCUUCACCGGCAUCGAGGAGAACUCAUACCAAGUUCACGAGUCUUACAUAUACCAUAUGCAGGCGAGCAGAGACGGACUAUUACUAUUGAAUUCAGCAACAACACCGUGGCGACCUCUGUCCGCAUUAUGGAAUAUGAAAGAAUUCGAGUUAUUAUUUCAAUUAGACAAUGAAGAGUACGUUGAAUUCUCGAAGAUGUCGGACGAGCGUAUCAUCGGCACCAAGGGCGAGACCGCGACGAUAUUCGACACGCGCACCGGACGGGAACUGAUGACCCUAACUCCGGCCAUUAGCAACCAGUACGCCAAGAACAGAGCCACCUUCAACCCGACUGAUGAAUUAGUACUUUCAGACGGUGUGCUCUGGGACGUUAACACUGGCAAAGAGAUACAUAAGUUCGACAAAUUGAAUCAAACGCAUAGUGGCGUCUUCCAUCCGAACGGAUUAGAGGUUAUAUCAAAUACAGAAGUAUGGGAUCUUAGGACAUUUCACCUGCUUAGGACGGUGCCUACAUUAGACAAAUCAGAGGUUUUAUUUAAUCCUGCAUGCUCAGCGCUGUACGCGGUCUGCUCCGACCAGGACGCCGAGGAGAGAAGUCAGUUCGAUACCAGUUUCAAGACAUUAGAUCCGUAUGACUAUUCUAGUAUAGCCACGAUAGACGUUAAAAGAAAUAUAUAUGCUUUGGGCAUAUCUCGGUAUGGUACGCAGAUAUCUUUAGUCGAAAAUAUGGGCGACUUCGAACAGAUGCAAGAGUCAUGCGUCAAAAUAUACGAUGUCGGACGAAAGAGGGACCAUGAUGAUGAUGCUGAGGAAGACGAUGAGGACGAACUUGCGGGAGGUUCGGAAAACGAUGAUGGAUCUGACUCAGGGUCUGACAACGAUGACGAUUUGGCAUCGUCUCUAUUGCGCAACGCAGUGAUGGGUCUGGACGGGAACAGUUCUGGAUCAUCGUCACACGAGGACGGAGACGCACCGCCGCGCCGCAGGACUCGACGGCGACGGGCGGCGGAGAACAAUAGCAGUGACAGCGAUGGCGACGGGGACCUAGAGCUCGGAGACAUUAUCGAGUUCGAGUUGGAUUGAUUGCAAUAAAUAUUAUGUUGACCAGUU